AUCAUUGUCACAGAUGAAAAUGAUAAUCAUCCAAUAUUUCGUAAUAAAAGUUUAAUUGUCAGUGUACCAGAAAAUUCCCCUAAAGGUUUACAUCUCAUACAAUUGAUUGCUGACGAUCCAGAUGAAGGAAAAUCUGGUCAAGUGGUUUAUAGUUUAGUUAAUAGUAAUAAUCACAAUAAUAAUAUUGACAUGACAUCAACAUCGUCAUCAAAGUUGUCCACUACCAAUCAUUCCGGUUAUCGUCAGUCCCAUAACACUAUUCAUAAUUCGUCAACAUUAUCGAUCAGUAAUACAAAAAGUCAUGCGGAUCAUACUAGUAAUAACAGCAGUGACCUUGAGAAUGAAUUAUUCGAGAUUCAUCCAAAAACUGGUUGGUUAAUCAUACGUGGAAGUUUAGAUUAUGAACAGUCAAAGCAUCAUCUUUUACGUGUAUUAGCUCAUGAUCAACUAGGACAUUCAGGAUUUGAUGAAGCAAUUGUUAGUGUUUAUGUCACUGAUAUCAAUGAUAUUGCACCACAAAUUACAGUGGAAUCAGUGAAUGGAAUUUCAUCUAAUAAACUGACUGAUAAUCAUCGUAACUAUAAGAAGAAUUUAUUACAAAUUUAUGUCAACGAAACGCCAGGAUUAAAUUUCAUUCAUUCUAAAUUCAACAAUGAACAUGUGAAUGUUUAUUCUAGAAAUGAAGCUUCAUUAAUAACGAUGACACAAUUAUUAGCUUUUAUUGUUGUCAAUGAUCCUGACACAGGUCCCGGUGGUCAAUUCCAAUGUCAUUUACAAUCAAAUAAUGAUAAUAACAAUAAUAAUAAUAAUAACAAACUAUUCAAAUCGAACAUGUAUACAUCCUCUUCAUCAAUGAAACCUAUGAUGAAUAAUUUAGAUAAAUUAUAUUACUAUCCAACACAAUAUCCUAUAAAUGAACAAACCAAUCAGUAUUCAUCGUUCAUUCAAUCCAAUCGGUUUACCACCGGUACUAGUACUACUACUACUACUACUUCUAUUGAUCAAAGUUCAAUAGUCGGAGUAUUUCAAUUAAAUCCAAUAUCUAAUAUGAAUUUUGAAUUGAUUACAAUCAAUGGAUUUGAUUAUGAAUAUAGUAAAACAGAAUCUGUAAAA